AUGCCCGAUCUACCAGAUCACUGGAAAACGGAGUUAAUCGUCAUCCCGAUCGUCGCGUCUGUUACUGCGACUGCGGUCUAUUUCUUGCGAAUUUACUGCCGAAUCAAAGUGCUUCAUGGGUUGCGGAUAGAAGACAUAUUGAUGGGGGCGGGUCUCAUCUGCACCUAUGGCGUAGCGACCUGCAUAGUAUACUGUAAGCUUAUCCCUGCGUUGACCGCAGAGCACAGUGUUUCUGACUUAUUUUGUAUAGCUGCAUUCCAUGGAAUCACACGUGGGAAGAGCAUUUGGAGCUUGCCAGCAGAAGAUCGAUUGAAAGUUACGUUAGCCAACUGGAUACUGACACACUUUUGGCCCUUGUCUCAGAUGUUUGUGAAGGUGUCUAUCGUCCUGCUACUUCGCAAGCUGCUCGGCACCGUGAACUGGUUUCGAUGGGCUGCUACUGGGGUCAUUAUCUUCGUCAUUGCGUGGGCUAUCACAGCUGUCAUUGGUAAUACCUUCCAAUGCUGGCCCGUGCAGUAUUUCUGGGACCAAACUAUCAAGGGUCACUGUAUGGAUGGGCAAACAAUAUUUUUUGUUAUCAUCGGCAGCCUAUCGACGACGGAGAAUUUCGUAAUUGUUCUACUGCCUCUUCCGGUGGUCUGGAGACUCCAAAUGCCUUUGGAAGAGAAGAUUGAACUGACGAUUUUAUUUACAGCGGGAAGCAUGUGA